GUUCUCCCUCUCCAAGGAGACCAUAAAACUCCAUUAUUUUAAUGGCUUCACACAGUUUCACCAUCUCAAUAAAAAGAAAAUGGCAUUCCCAAUUUCCCUCCACUUUUUCCUUCUCCCCAAGUUUCCGUUUCACAGCGCUUCCUCUCUCUGUCCCUUUGCGAGGACUGAAUAGCAAAAAGAUUCCCUUCUCUCCUCUCCCAUCUGCACAUUUUACAGAGAGGUAUGGUUUGGUUUGAGGAAUUGAACUGAGCCCUCCAUUGUUCUUCAGAUUAAACCAAAACCCAUCUCUCAAAUCCGACUGAAUUCUUCAAUGAAAUCGAAAUCUCCCCAUGACUUGAGACAUUAAUGAACAAACCCCAGAUGGGUUUUGAAUCCUUUUUCAUCAUCAUCUUCUUCCUCAUUUCCCUCUCUUGUUUGGUUGAAUCUGGUUCUGAUUACACCACAUUGAUCUACAAGGGCUGCGCCAAGCAAGGAUUCUCAGAUCCAAAUGGCGUUUAUUCACAAGCUCUGGCUGCUUUGUUCGGCUCUUUAGUUUCACAAUCCGCCAAAGGCUCCAAGUUCUUCAAAACCACCUCCGGCACCGCCCAAACCUCCAUUACCGGCCUCUUCCAAUGCCGAGGGGAUCUCAGCAACUCCGAUUGCUACAACUGUGUGAGCAAACUCCCUGAAUUAGCCGAUAGUCUCUGCGGCAAAACCAUUGCAGGUAGAGUUCAUCUCUCAGGCUGCUAUUUGCUGUAUGAGUUUCCUGGGUUUGCUCAGAUAUCAGGGUUUGAAAUGCUGUAUAAAACUUGUGGGGCUACGAACAUUGCUGGAAGUGGGUUUGAAGAGAGGAGGGACACAGGGUUAUCUGUGUUGGAGAAUGGCGUGGUGAGUGGCCAUGGAUUCUACACUACUAACUAUCAAUCUCUGUAUGUGUUGGCUCAAUGUGAAGGAGAUUUGGGGGAUUCUGAUUGUGGUGAGUGCGUGAAACAUGCUGUGCAAAGAGCUCAGGUUGAAUGUGGAAGCUCAAUUUCAGGGCAAGUUUAUUUGUAUAAGUGCUUUAUCAGUUAUAGUUAUUACCCAAAUGGAGUUCCAAGGAGAUCUUCAUCAUCUUCUUCUUCUUCUUCAUCAUAUUCUUCAUCUCCAUCAGGGAUGGGGCAAAACACAGGGAAGACAGUGGCAGUGAUAUUAGGAGGGGCAGCAGGUGUGGGAUUUAUGGUAAUUUGCUUGCUUUUCAUCAGAGGUUUGAAGAAGAAACAUGAUGGACAUUGAUACAGAGGAAGAGUCGAAGUUUUUUUUGAAGUAAAAAAUGGAAAGACAAAAUCCAAAUUGCUUUAGUUUUCUUUUGCUUUGUCUUAUAAAGAGGAUGGGAAUUUUUUUGAGUCGACAAAGACUGUUCUUAGUACUGUGGUCUGAAAAGCUUGCUGAUAAGAGGAAGGAAUAUCAGUGCAUGGAAGGAAGGGAAGGUAACAAAAAGAUAAAGGAAAAAGGAAAUAUCAGAACUGAAUGAGACGGGAAGAAUGUUUUUUUUUAAAAAAAUAUUUUUGUUAUCUUAUUGCUUUCUUUAUAGCCAUAUGGGUGUUUGUCUCUUUUCUCCUCA